UUAUAAGGAGGGGGGAAAAAGAUGUGCUGCGUUUUAGAGUUACAGCUGGCGGCAAGCAGCUGGACAGCACCGGGGCAGCCGGAGGAACUCUGCUGAGAGCAUGAGCUCCAAGCCGAAGCCCAUAGGGAUCAUUGGAGCGCCUUUCUCCAAGGGACAGCCUCGAGGAGGGGUAGAGAAGGGCCCCGCGGCAUUGAGGAGCGCUGGUCUCGUGGAGAAACUUAAAGAGAAAGAGUAUGAUGUGAAAGACUAUGGGGACCUGGCCUUUGGUGAUGUCCCUAGUGACAGCUCCUUUCAAAUUGUGAAGAACCCAAGAUCUGUGGGAAAAGCCAAUGAACAGCUGGCCGGUGUGGUGGCAGAGGCCCAGAAGAAUGGAAGAGUCAGUGUGGUGUUGGGUGGAGACCACAGUAUGGCAAUUGGAAGCAUCUCUGGCCAUGCCAGGGUCCAUCCUGACUUAUGUGUCAUUUGGGUGGAUGCUCACACCGAUAUCAACACUCCACUGACGACGGGCACUGGGAAUUUGCAUGGACAACCUGUGUCUUUUCUCCUGAAGGAACUAAAAGGAAAGUUUCCCGAUAUACCAGGAUUCUCCUGGGUGACUCCCUGCAUAUCUGCCAAGGAUAUUGUGUACAUCGGCUUGCGAGACGUAGACCCCGGGGAGCACUAUAUUAUAAAAACCCUAGGAAUUAAAUAUUUCUCAAUGUCUGAAGUGGAUAGACUGGGAAUUGGCAAGGUGAUGGAAGAGACAUUCAGCUAUCUACUAGGAAGAAAGAAAAGGCCCAUUCAUCUGAGUUUUGAUGUUGAUGGACUGGACCCAGCGUUCACAGCGGCUACUGGCACACCUGUUUUGGGAGGCCUAUCCUACAGAGAAGGUCUCUACAUCACAGAAGAAAUUUACAAGACAGGGCUACUCUCAGGACUAGAUAUAAUGGAAGUAAACCCAGCUCUGGCGAAGACACCGGAAGAGGCGACUCGGACAGUGAACACGGCAGUAGCAUUGACCUUGUCUUGCUUUGGGACUGCUCGGGAGGGUAGUCAUAAGCCAGGGAUCGACUACCUUAACCCACCUAAGUAAAUGUGGAUGAGACACAUGAAAAACAGCUAGCUCAUGAGAGCAAACAGACCUAAGCAACGGUUCUCCCAAGGGCUCAUUCUUGCACGAUAUUUUCCCCCCAGUAUUUCACAAGUUCCUUUAUGGUAUGAAACCCAGGGUGUGGACAUUUGAACAGCUAUGAAAUUAGAACAUAUGUAUUCCUAAUUUAAGUAGAAGUUACUCUUAAAAAGCAGUAUAAAUUAAUUUCCAAUUAAAAAUGCUCCAGCAUUUAAAAUACACAUCAGUGGGAGUGCUGGUUCACUAGACUGGGCCAUCAGAUAGUUGGAGACAAAGGUGUCCAAAGGGAGGCAGCUGUGUCCACAUUGUUCAAAAGAUGUGAUUUUUGUAAUAAACUUAUG